AUGUGUCCAGACUUACAAACAUGUAAAAAGAAAGAUGAUGAUAAAAUUAAGGAGGAGGAUGCACAAAAGGUAUCUUUAGCAAGUACCAGUUUUAAUUAUCCAGAUGAAGUGUAUCUUCAAACUUUAUUAGUGAAUAUCGAAUCUAAUAAAAGACAGAAAACGGUAAGGGCACUUAUUGACACUGGAUCACAGCGUUCAUAUAUAUUAAAAGGAACGGCUGAAGAAAUUGGGUGCCAUUCAAAUGGAACAGAAACUUUGAUUCAUGCUCUUUUUGGAGGAGCCACAACAAAGAGAGAAACCCACAAACGUUAUGAAGUGUCUCUUAGUAGCCUAUAUGGCAAUUAUUCUAGAAGAUUAAACCUUUUAGAACAAUUAAAGAUUUGUGGACCAGUGACCAGUUUGCAGCCUGGACCAUGGAUAGAAGAAAUGAAGCAAAAAGGUAUCACUGUCUCUGAUGUUGGAAGAAAAGAUUUGAAAAUAAAAAUCCUUAUUGGAGCAGACGUCGCAGGUGCAUUAUUGACGGGAAAAGUUCACAAAUUAGAAAACGGAUUGGUUGCUGUUGAAUCUUUGCUCGGAUGGACAGUUAUGGGUAGAAUAAAUUAUUACACUUCAGAAAGUAAUGUGUCUAUGUCCUCCCUGAUGACGUCCAUGUUGGUUCACAGUAGCGACAUAGAAAACCUGUGGAAACUAGAAGCAUUGGGAAUUACAGAUUCCAAAGAAAAUAGAAGUGAUGUCGAAUUACAAGAAGCAGUAUGGGAUCAUUUUCACAAGACCCUAAAAAGAUCAGAGGAUAGAUAUGAAAUCUCUUUACCUUGGAUCAAUGAGAAAGACGAAUUACCCAAUAACAGAGAAGUAGCGAAAAAAAGACUAAUUUCCACGACAAAGAAACUCAUGAUGAAAGAUAAAACAGAAGCUUACAAUGCAGUGUUCGAAGAAUGGGUUAAAUCCGGAAUAAUCGAAGAAGUACCAGAAGAGGAGAAAAGUGUGCACAGCCAUUACCUUCCACACAGGCCGAUAUUCAAAGAGAACUCUACAACAUCCAUAAGACCAGUUUUUGAUGCUUCGUAUAUCUAUUCAAAAAAUGAUCGUGAUUUUCUGAGAUUCCUGUGGUGGAAAGACUCUGAACAAAAGGAAAUACGAGAAUUUCGACACUGCAGAGUAGUUUUUGGAUUAAAAUGCAGCCCAAUUUUAUUAGGUGCAGUGAUUAAUUCGCAUGUGGAUCAGUGUGAUAUUUCUCUAAAAGAAACAGCUUCAAAAUUGAAAUCUUCAUUUUAUGUUGAUAACUGUGUCACCUCAGUCAAUUCGAAUGAAGAAGCAGAAUAUUUUAUUACAAACUCAACUCGAUUGAUGGCAAGUGGUAACUUCGACUUGAGAGGGUGGGAGCAGACAGAGAAGAGCAAUGUGAAAUCGACAAUGAGUGAACCACUAAAAGUUCUUGGUCUUAUGUGGGAUAAGUUUGAAGAUUCACUGUUUUGUGACAUACCUAAUAUCGACUUAGAUGACAUCAUAGUGACAAGACGAAACGCGUUAUCAAUUGUACAGAGAAUCUUCGAUCCAAUUGGUUUUAGCUGUCCUUUCACGCUUCGACCAAAAAUAUACUUGCAAAAUAGUUGGGAAACUAAAUUAAGCUGGGAUGCAGAGCUGCCUGAGGAAAUCAAAAGAAAAUUCUUGAAAUGGGGAUCUUAUGCGAGUGUAGUAUUUUUAAGAAGCCAAAAAUCAGAUGAAGUCAAAGUGACAUUAUUGCAAGCUAAAGCCAGAGUAGCUCCGCUGAAGAAAAUAAUUAUACCAAGACUUGAAUUGCUUGCUUGUCUUAUUGGAGUAAGAUUGGCUUCAUUCAUUAAGAAGAACCUCAAGAUCGUAAUUUCAAAAGAGUAUUACUGGACCGACUCUUCAACAGCACUCUUCUGGAUAAAGAAUGUAGAAGCUUGGGGAACGUUUGUGAAUAAUAGAGUUUCAGAAAUUAGGAACCUGACAGAUUUUAGAAAUUGGCACCAUAUACAUGGUAUAGAAAAUCCUGCCGACAUGCCAUCAAGAGGAUGCUCAAUGAAGAAACUUAUUGAAUCCAGAUGGUGGGAGGGGCCUCAUUGGCUGGCAUUGUCGGAAGAAGAAUGGCCUCAUUCUGCGCCAAUCGAUGACAAAGUGGAGGCUAACAAAGAAAAACGCAGAGAAGUAAUGACGUCAUUAAACCAUGUUGAAGAUUUUUCUUCACGAGUCUUCAACUACUUUUCAAAAUACACGAAAAUACUAAGAAUGAUGGGUUGGAUACACAGAUUUAUAGGAAAUUGCCAGAAGACAAAAGUAGAAAGAGAAGACGGCGAGUUAAAGGUCAAUGAGCUAAAAAUAGCAGAGAAAUAUAUCGUAAAAAUUAUUCAACAUGAUUCAUUUUCUUCAGAAGACAUAAAGAAGCUGAAGUCACUUAGUGUGUUCAAAGAUGAGGAAGACAUUUUACGUGUUAAGACCAGAUUAACUGAAAGAAAGGACAAUCACAAUUUUAUUUUCCCCAUGUUGCUUCCGAAGAAGCAUGCAGUUGUGGAGAAGUUGAUACUUCAUAAACAUGUAUCUUUGUCUCAUGCCGGGAUACAUAUAUUAAUCUCCAAACUUCGAGAAAACUUUUGGAUUAUCAAAAGCAGAUCAACUAUCCGAGGAGCUUUAUCUCGAUGUGUUAGAUGCAGAAGGCAUGAAGCUAAAGGACUGCAGACAGUGCCAGCUACUCUGCCCGAAAAUAGAGUUAGAGAUGCUAAGAUUUUCGAAAUUGUGGGAGUAGAUUUAGCCGUCCCACUAGUUUUGAAGAACAAGAGUAAAGCCUGGAUCAUACUUUUCACCUGUGCUGUUUUCAGAGCGGUUCAUUUGGAACUGAUUUUGACCCUCUCUACUCAGGGAUUUUUACUUGGAUUUAGAAGAUUUAUUGCGCGUAGAGGGCGGCCAUCGAUAAUUUACAGCGACAAUGGUAGUAAUUUUGUCGGAUCCAACAAUCUCUUUGAGUCAAUUGAUUGGAAUAUUGUUGGAAGGGAAGCUGCCAUACUUAAGAUAGACUGGAAGUUUAGUCCACCAGCAACACUAUGGUGGGGCGGUUUUUGGGAACGACUUGUGCAAAUGAUUAAGAAACUUUUACGUCGUAUCUUGGGCCAGGCGUCUUUAAACUACGAAGAGUUAAUGAGUGUAUUGUGCUACUGCGAAUCAACUGUGAAUUCCAGACCCCUUACAUAUGUGACAGAGGACUCUGACGAUCUCAUUUCUUUGACACCGUCCUUGUUUUUAGGUGAAAUUCCAGAGUUUGGUGCACCUGAUUUGGAUCACCUAGAUCGAAUUGAUUUCAACAAGAGACUUAGACAACUUCAAAAUGUGCGAGAACUUCUGAGAAGAAGAUUUAGGUUGGAAUAUCUCAGCUUAUUGGUUCAACGUCCAUCAACAAUGUUAAUUUCUAGACAGAUAAAAAUUGGGGAUAUAGUUCUCGCCGAGUGUGACAACAAGCGCAAAGUGCUAUGGCCUCUAGCCAAAGUGACUGAGAUAUAUCCAGGAAAAGACGGCAAUCCGCUAUCGCUCGACCCCUCACUACCUUCCACCUCACUCCGCCUCUACUUUGAUGACGAUGUUCCGUCUUCCGGCUCUUUGAGGAGGGUAAAUGCGGAUGAUGGAGUCGACAAAGGCCAUGAACUUGUUACACAUGUGCUUGUUCUUUUUGCGCCACACAUACUCGGCUAG